AUGUCAGAUUGCGCGCUGGUAGCCAGUGUAAACGAGCAUGAUGCCAGUAUGGAUGUGGGGAACGACAAAUCUCUCUUUGAGCCUACUGUUGAUAUGAUGGUAAAUGAUUUCGAUGACGAAAGAACAUUAGACGAAGAAGAAGCUUUGGCGGCAGGUGAGCAUCAGGAUCCAAAAGCGGAACUGAACAGCCUUCAGCGAGAAGGUGAUAUGCCCUUGGAGGAACUGUUAGCACUAUACGGUUAUAACAGAAGUAUGGAUAAGCCUAUUUCAGAGCCAGCACCUGAAGUGGUGCUAGAGGAAAAUCAAAAACCAGAAUCUGCAUUACAGCAGUUAUAUAAUGAAAAUGCUAGCCCUGAGGCCACAAGAUGCCUUAGAUCAGGGUCUCGUCCCCCUUCUGAAGAGGAAGAUGAUUGUGAUUAUAGUCCUGACGAGGAUGAUUGGAAGAAAACUAUUAUGGUUGGUAGUGACUACCAAGCAGCUAUACCGGAGGGUUUAUGCAGCUAUGAUGAUGCACUGCCCUAUGAAAAUGAGGACAAAUUACUAUGGAACCCCAGUGUUUUAGAUGAAAAAGUGAUUGAAGAUUAUAUGAGAAAAAUAUGUGCUAUGAACUCAGGUACUGGUGUUGAUGCUGUUCCAAGAGGAAAACAGCUUCGUGACGAUGAAGAGGCCUUAUUUUUAUUGCAACAAUGUGGUCAUAACAUUGAGGAAGCAUUAAGAAGAAGACGCAUAUCAGCACAAACUCCGGGACAUGCUAGUGUAUGGUCAGAGGAAGAGUGCCGUAACUUUGAAAAUGGUAUUAAAGCACAUGGUAAAGAUUUUCAUCAGAUACGACAACAAAAAGUUCGUACAAGAUCAGUGGGAGAGCUAGUCCAAUUUUAUUACAUUUGGAAGAAGACAGAAAGACAUGAUAUAUUUGCCAAUAAAACACGAUUAGAAAAGAAAAAGUAUACGCUGCAUCCUGGUCACACAGAUUACAUGGACAGGUUCCUGGAAGAGCAAGAAGCAACAGGUGCUGGUAUUGUGAGGCCAGUCUCGCCAUCACCCAUGAUGGUUUAUGUUCCAUCACCAGCGGCACAACCUGAUCCGCUUGCUUUAGGUGAAAAGGAGGUGUUCUCCCAGCUUAACACUCACACUACACCUCCUCAAACACAUUCAACCGAAGAACCUGAACCAGAUAUGGUUUCC